AUGCGCGUCAGCCCCCGUCGCUUGCCCUCUCUUUCCGUGUUUGCCAGAGGAACCCGUUUGAUCGGCUCAAGCAACAGCAGAAUGGCGCUUCAUCCCAAGCAAGACGACAAGCUCAUAUUCGCCCCCACCGGGACACCAGCACUACUGGAUUCAGGCCCUACACUUCCUCCUGGACAGGCCGCCCAGUUCUUGAAAGCUGAGCGCCAAGGCGGUCUCAAGAGGACUGACGUCGACCCGGAGAGCCCUAUCACACAAUUCCACACAUGGUUCCAGCAAGCCUCGCUUCCCGAGGCCGGUGUUUUUCACCCAGAGACAUGCACAUUAUCCACUGCCCAGCUUCCCUCUGGCCGUGUCUCCUCUCGGGUGGUAUACAUGAAGGAGCUUGAUCACAAGGGAUUUGUCAUUUACAGCAACUUUGGAACCAGCGGUAAGGCUAGGGAUUUGUUUGGCACCGCAGAUGGGAAGAGUACAGGCAAUCCAUGGGCCUCUCUUGUGUUUUGGUGGGAGCCCUUGGAGAGGCAGGUCAGAGUAGAGGGAAGAGCAGAGAGACUUGCGCCAGAGGAAAGUCAAGUCUAUUACGACACCAGAGCAAGAGGUAGUCGCAUUGGUGCGUGGGCUAGUCAGCAGAGUUCAGUGCUGAAGCCCGAUGCGAGCAAGGAGGGUGAUGACGGGCGGUCACAGUUGGAGGGAUGGGUCAAGGAGACAGAGAAGAAGUUCGAGGGUGCCGAGCAAAUUCCAGUUCCUCCAUUCUGGGGCGGCCUCAGAAUUAUUCCAGAACGAGUGGAGUUCUGGCAGGGGAGGCAGAGCCGGUUGCACGAUCGGUUUGUGUAUGACCUUGUCGAGUGUGAGGAUGGGAGCAAGAAGUGGCAGUUGGAGAGGCUAAGCCCAUAA